AUGUCCCUUGUUGCAGCACAUUGCACCCACUUCAUCAGUGAAGGUGCUGAGUGUUUCACCGUUGAGAACUUUAUGAUGUCCCUUGUUGCAGUGCAUUGUGCCCACUUCAUCAGUGAAGGUGCUGAGCUUCAAUUGACUUUUGUAACUCUGGGUAUGAGUACCCCGCCUCAUCUAAAUGAUACUGUGCUUAAAACCGCUUAUUCAAGUCUCCAAAGUCCAAUGCACACCCCAGCACCUUUGCUGAUGAAGUUUCAUAGAUGUUUAGCUAGCCAGUCAGUCUGUCUGUCAUCUGUGCCCCUCUCUCCCUCCUCACUUUCCAAAUGGCUAGAGGGCUUGGGUUUCUCAAACCAAGCAAAGUCUUUCAGACCAGUGUUUCUACAUCUAGAGAUGUGGGUGAAAAUGGCCAUUGCCAUUGAAUAA